AUGCGUGUCAUGGAACAAUUUGUUGGAACGUCAGGUGUACGAACUUUAUUUACUAUUGAAUGCACUAGUGGUAAAGCUAUCCGAGCUCAUUCACACUACAAUGAAGAAAAUGAAAUCCUUCUUUUGCCUGGCACUUACUUUCGUAUUGUGAAUAAAUGGAGUCCAGCAAAAGAUUUAUACAUGAUUCAUUUGCGAGAAACACCUCCACCACGACAAUUCCUUGAACCGCCUUUCACAUCGACAACAUCGGACACCUCCUUUGCUACAGCGGUGACAACAUCUAUGGCAAUACCAGUUAAAGAAAAUAUUGCAAUUUCGAAAGCCGAAGGUCUACCAACUGCUGCUGCUACAGCAUCAUCCAUCAAACCAAAAAGUAAGCGUUUUUUUUCAUUCUAUCCGGCAUAUUUCUGUAGAGAAUUCUCAGUGUAAUAUUCAGUAGUAGGACAUGAGUAUGUAGAGAAUCGAAGUUAACAAAUAUUUUGUUUAUCGAGGCCAGCUGAAAAAGUUUUUAAAUUAGAGACAAGCUUGUGGGAGUGAGCUCUAAUGUGAAUGUUAAACGAAAAGGUCACUAGUUUUUGCAGAUGUUUAUGAAGCUUGAAGUUUUAUCUAGGUCCGAUCUUAGCAAAAUCUAUAUUCUUUUAAUUCAUUUAUAGUGUAUUGAAGAACCCAAAACUUCAAUAAAAACAUGAUGUAUUUAACAUCAAAAUAAUGAAAAGUUAACCAGUGAGACAUCAUCAGAUUAAAAAAAAUGAAAAUUCCAUGCAUGAAAUGAACAUUUUAAUGUUUUCUAUAAACUCAUCAAUACGUCUUGAGUGUCAAUUAUAGAAUAUCAAAAACAAUUACUUUCAAUCCCAUCACUACGAGAUUAAAGUAUAAAAUGAGGUGGAACUAUUUGAACUGUUAAUAAGAAUCAGCGAUAAUAGCACCACAUGUAGGAUAUGUCUAUCAUAGUAG